AUGUCCGAGUUCUUGGAUGAGGAUGUCUACGCGGCCUUCGACCCGCCGGAUACUGGGAGGGAUGUGUGGGCCACGGACUCGGUCAAUCCCCUCCUCAGCUCCUCUUCGCCUACUGGCGGCAACGCACUGAUGGCGGGACCGCCCUCGCAGUGGGGAGUCAGCGGGAUGGGCACUGCCUGGGGCCUCCCAAGCAGUCGGCUAGGGACGAUGGGAGGCGGCGUCGCGAGCGGGGUCCGCCCGAUGACCUCCAACCGCGCCGUCGGCUUCGGUGCGACCGGCACCACCUUCGAUCCGACGGGGCAGGGCAGAACCAUGAACCUCGCUCUCGGGCCCGCGCCGCCGCUCAAAAAGCGCAGUGAGAACAGCCCUGAGGAGCUCUGCAUGGAGUUGGAAAAACAAGUGAACAAGCUCAUCGAGGAGAGCGCGAUGCUGGCCCUCCAGAAGGACUACGGAGCGGCCCUUGAAAAGGCCAAGGCGUCCGCAAAGAAGGAGAAACAGCUUCGCGCACAGAGGGAACAACUUGGCUUGGCGGAGCAGAUCAACAUGGACCUAACGUAUGGGGUAAAUUUUAAUUUGGCGGUGCAAUACCAAAACCACGGACUCUAUCAGGAUGCCCUCAGUACGUACAACAUAAUGAUCAUAAAGCCACAAUUCGCACAGGCUAGAUGUCUACGUGUGAACAUGGGAAACAUCUACGCUACCCAGAGAAAGUACUUAAUGGCCAUAAAGAUGUAUCGUCUGACGCUUGAUGAUACGCAGACUUCCUCAAAGGAGCUGCGGUAUAAACUGUUUCGCAACAUUGCCAAUUGCUUUGUGAAGAUGGGGCAGUACCGUGAUGCUGCAAAUAGCUAUGAGAGCAUUUUUGAGGGCAACGGCGACGUGGAUGCGGGCUUCAACCUCAUCAUCAGCUACUACGCACUUGGGGAGACCGAAAAGAUGAAGCGCACCUUCUCGAAGAUUCUCAACAACAGCCCAUUUCGAGAGGAGGAGGAGGAAGAUUUUGACGAAAAAGAGGGGAAUGACGACGUGCUUGUCGAUGACGCGCUGCGCAAGGAGAUGAAAGGGCGUCGCUUUAGAUAUCAGAAAAAAGUAAUUACCGCGGCGCGGUUGAUUGCGCCGGUCCUGGAUGAGGACUGGCGCGUCGGAUACGACUAUCUUAUUGAGCAGCUGCGCCAGUACGAAAUGUAUGACUCAUCCUCGCAUAUGUCGAGCGAGUUGGAGAUGUGCAAGUGUCUGAACUACUUAAAACACAAGCGUUAUCAGGACGCCAUUAGCGGGCUUAGGGCAUUUGAGAAGAAAGACAAGGAACUGCGCGCGCGGGCUGCAACAAACUUGGCGUAUUUGUACUUCUUAGAGGGUGACUACGAAAACGGGGAAAAGUAUAGCGACAUGAGCCUAGAGUCCAAUCAAUACAAUGGCAAGGCCUUGGUUAAUAAAGGCAACUUCUUCUUCUUGAGGGAAGAUUACGAAAAAGCAAAGGAAUACUAUGACAAGGCACUUUCUGUGGAAUCGGAUAAUAUGGAGGCCAUCUAUAAUUUGGGUCUCACGGCGAAGCGUCUAGGUCUGUAUGAUGAGGCCAUCAAAAUGUUUAAGCGGGUGCAGAUGCUGGUUGACAGCAGCGAGGUGCUCUAUCAGAUCGCCGAUGUUACUGAUCUCAUUGGCUACCCGGACGCGCUGGAAUGGUUCGCGCGGCUGAUUGGGCGGGUUCCGACGGAUCCCAACGCCCUCGCUCGGAUCGGCUCCCUCUACGCGCGCGAGGGCGACGAAACGCAGGCCUUCCACUUCUACUUGGAAGCGUAUCGGUAUUACCAAGUGAACAUCGAUGUCAUCCUCUGGCUUGGCGCCUAUUUCGUGAAGAACGAGGUCUACGACAAGGCCACCCAGUUCUUCCAGCGCGCGUCGGAGAUUCAACCGCUGGAGGUGAAGUGGCAUUUGAUGGUGGCCUCUUGCCAUCGCAGGCGCGGCGAUGCCGCCCAGGCCAAACGUCUUUACGAGGUGAUUCACCGCAAGUACCCGGAGAACGUGGAGUGUCUGAAGUACCUCAUGCAGCUUUGCAAAGAUGGCGGCCUUGUCGACGAGGCCAAUGAGUGGUUCAAGAAAAUGAAGGAACUUGAGAGCAGGGAUCUGAAGGACGAGGAGGACGACGGCAAUGAGAGGGGGGCGACGCAAGAUGGGGGUGACUCGACGUCAUGGCGUGGAAACCGAGAAAAAGAGACGGACAGUGAUGGCGCCACCGCCGGGCGGCGUGCGUGGGGGGGCGCGACUUCAAUAUCAGAGACCACAAAUGGAUCCUUAAGCAAGGAAAAGGAUACGAAUAAAAAAGUGGAGAAGCAAAAAUUUGGAGACGAUUCAGACGGCGAUAUUGAACUUCCAGGAGUUUAG